AAACCGUGACACCGAGGCAGGAAAAAAUAUCUGAGGUGUUCAUGAGACUGUGGGAGUGUGAUCCGCCAGACUGCACGGGGUUAGAGGCCCUAGAGAACCGUGUGUGAAAUAAAUGGCCUACGCAUCAGCCUGUAAUCGCGUUAUCAGAGGCUCCCCAGUAGUAUCAGCCUGUAGUCACCAGUGUGUCACCACGUUACUUCACCCGGGUUGGCUCUACCUGUCAGUGCUACGGCCAAGAUUUCUUUAAUGAAGUGAUAUUGAAAGUGAUGUCCAACUACCCGCCAAAGAAGAAGCUGUGUCAAAUAUCAAUAAAAGACAUGCUGAAACCCUUGGCCAGCCGAGGAAAGCCUGAGUUGGAGAAUAAGAAAAAGCAUUCAAGUCCACCUCCUUUCAAGAGAGAGAGUAUGGAAGCUGGUAAAUUCCAUACAGUGGCAAACAAACAGUGCACUGAGUCUCUGAGGAUGGAAGGGAAAGAUUUGGGUGCAAAGCUACACGAUGAAGAAACUAAAGAGUACCACAGAGAAGAGAAAGGAGACUUGAAGCCAACCAGCAAGAACAAAGACUCAGAGCUAAGUUGGGAGAAAUCAGAACAUAUGUGCAAGAAAAAUAGUAAAUUUUCUGUAGAUGACGUGAAUAAGGAAGUAGGUGCCUCUGGAAGUAGGAGUGACUUCAGUACCUGCCCUUCAACCCAACCUAAAGGAAAGAGUAUGUCAGAUGAUUUGAAGCCAAAGAGCUUUUCACAGAGAGAUAAUCCAGUGAAACUGAAACCUUCUGGAAGACCAUCAUCUGAGGAAUGUGAUAAAGACAAGGGUAAAGAAAGGCCUCCAGACCUGCGUAACAUCUUAGCCAGUGCCGCUGAGCAGCGGAUGGGCUCAGUGACAAAGUCGGUAAAAAGGGCCAAGGACACAAGCAGCACAUCAGGUGGUGGCAGAAGAGACAAUGAGGAGAAGGAGUGGCAAGGAGUGUCUUUAUCAUCGCUGCCCCACCUCAGUGCCAGCAACCCCAACAUACCUCCAGUGGUGCCCUCCCCUGACCACACAGUCUUGGUAAAGUUGCCCGUGUCACCCGGCUCUGGGCCUCUCCCUUACCCUUCUGGACCCUUUGAUGUGUGGGACCAGUACCAUGUCAGGAUGCCGUGCUCCCCUAAGAGCCAGUACCCAAAGAACAAGGAUACUGUGGUUCCUCGAUGGAGUGUUAUCUGUGAGGCACUGAGCAGGGAGAUAAAGUCUGUGGAAGACUUAGAGAAAGCUGUUUUGGAAUAUAACAGCAGAUAUGCCUCCAGAUGGAAGUUCAGGGGGCUUCAUAUUCUUCUAGAGCAGGAAUUUGAGGAUGAGGAAUGUGCUUACUUCUUUGGCAAGACCUUGCCAGCAAUGAUCCAGCUGGCGCUGAUGCUGCCCCAGUUGGUGACCCAGCCACCUCCCCUUCUCCUGCAGGGCACCACUCACUCCAUCACACUCUCACAGAUGCAGAUUGCAUCUCUCUUAGCAAAUGCCUUCUUCUGUACAUUCCCAAGGAGGAAUGCUAAAGGAAAUGACACUGAAUAUGCCAAGUAUCCUGACAUCAAUUUUAACAGAUUAUUCUUCCACAAGGAGCAGAGGUCUCUGGAGAAGCUGAAGUGCCUCCUCCAUUACUUCAAACGUGUCACCACAAAAUCCCCCACUGGGACAGUGACGUUCACCAGGCAAACCGUGUUACACCAAGAGAUCCCCAACUGGGCUACCUCCAAAAGGCCCCUUCCUAAUCUUCAUGUUAGCAGUACUGGACUGAUAGAAGAGGCUACUGGGCUGCUACAAGUUGACUUUGCAAACAAGUACCUUGGGGGUGGUGUGCUGGGGCUGGGAUGUGUGCAGGAAGAGAUCCGUUUUGUUCUCUGUCCAGAGCUGAUAAUUUCCAGGCUCUUCACACAGGCUCUAGAAAAGACAGAUGCCCUCAUCAUUACUGGGUGUGAACAGUUUAGCCGAGGCAGUGGAUAUGCUUCCACCUUCUGUUGGGACGGACCACAUGAGGAUACUACCCCUCUUGACAAGUGGGGAAGGCGUCUGUGCCAGGUGACUGCCAUUGAUGCCCUUCACUUCACCAAGCAGCCCAACAUUCAGUACAAGCCCACCUACAUCAUCAGAGAACUUAACAAGGCGUAUGCAGGCUUCAAGGUGAUAAAUGGAAGUCCAGGUGUACCAACAGGUGUGGCAACAGGAAACUGGGGCUGUGGAGCUUUCAAAGGCAAUCCAAGACUGAAGGCUCUCAUUCAGCUUGCUGUGUGUGGCCACAUAGGAAGGAACCUUGCCUACUUCACGUUUGGGGACGAGAAGCUGAGGGAUGAUCUCUACACCAUGUAUGUUUUCUUGAAGGAGAAUAAUGUUACUGUAGGAGAGAUAGCUCAGGUCUUGCAUCACUAUGGCUACCGGGAGUGGUCAGAUGGGUCAGACCUUUUCCAUUACAUCUGCCACAGUCUGGGGUCCUAUGACUCAGACACUGACCAGGAGGGAAGCAAAGGUGUCCCUGAUGUUCCAGAGGAAGCACCAACCAACUCGUGUCAAACAGAUGAUGCAGCUUCACCCUCUGCAAGCAUUUCGCACACGAAGAGGUCCUCCCAGAGCAUUACUGAGUGCCUUCCAGAGCCUUCCCAUGACCAGCAGCACAAAAUGAGUGAAGAAAAAAUCCUCCAAGUACUUUCAGAGUGUGAUCGUCUUUUUGAAAGUGAAAAGAACAAGAAGAAACAGGGAGCUGGUCAUAGUCUUGAUAGCUCCUCUCAAAAGACUGACAGUGAAAGGAGAGUAGGAGACCUUAAAAGUGGAUCAAGGAAAGAAAGCAAAGCAUUCCAGAGUGGCAGUGAAUCAAGUAGACUUUUUAGCCUCCUUGAUGAAAUUGAUCGGCAGGUUAAUAAGUGACAAUGCCGAUAUAUAAAGUGAAAAAAAUACUUUUCAUUUUUAAUAGACUGAUGUUUCAUUUAUGCCUGGUAAUGAUUUCUGUAGAUAUGCUCUUGACUUCCUUAAAUAAAAUAAUAUAUAAUUUAACUUAUUAA